UUGUUUAUCUUCUUCUUCUUAAAGAAAACCAAAAAUUAUAAUGGGAAGUAUUGCUUCAGAGAGAACUGCCACAGGAUGGGCAGCAAGGGAUCCAACUGGUGUUCUCUCUCCUUACACCUACACACUAAGGGCGACCGGACCGGAGGACGUGGUGAUCAAAGUUUUAUAUUGUGGAAUUUGUCACACUGACAUUCAUCAGACCAAGAAUCACCUUGGAGCGUCCAAUUAUCCCAUGGUCCCUGGGCAUGAAGUGGUUGGGGAAGUGGUGGAAGUGGGACCCGACGUAAGUAAGGUCCGGGUCGGGGAAACCGUCGGAGCCGGCUGCAUCGUUGGGUGCUGCAGGGAGUGCGGACCGUGCAAAUCCAACAUAGAGCAAUACUGCAACAAGAAGAUCUGGUCGUAUAAUGAUAAGUACACCGACGGCAAGCCGACCAUGGGCGGGUUCGCCUCUUCCAUGGUCGUCGACCAAAAGUUCGUAGUGAAAAUCCCGGCGGGUCUAGCCCCAGAGCAGGCCGCACCCCUCCUCUGCGCUGGAGUAACAGUAUACAGCCCGCUCAGAUACUACGACCUCACGGCCCCCGGACUCCGAGGAGCCAUCCUCGGGCUAGGAGGCGUCGGGCACAUGGGAGUCAAGAUCGCCAAGGCGAUGGGCCACCACGUCACGGUGAUAAGCUCAUCGGAUAAGAAGAGGAAGGAGGCGAUGGAUGACUUGGGCGCCGACGCGUACUUGGUUAGCUCGGACGAGGCUCAGAUGGCCACCGCACUUGAUAGUUUGGACUACAUUAUUGACACCGUGCCCGCGCUUCACCCCUUGGAGCCCUACUUGGCUUUGCUUAAGGUUCACGGCAAGUUGAUUAUGAUGGGGGUCAUUAACCAGCCUAUGCAGUUCAUCACUCCUAUGAUUAUGUUAGGGAGGAAAAUGAUUACAGGAAGUUUCAUCGGCAGCAUAGAUGAGACAGAAGAAGUAUUGGAAUUCUGCAAGAAGAAAGGGUUGACCUCCAUUAUUGAAAUGGUGAAGCUGGAUCAGAUCAACGAAGCUCUCGAGAGGCUAGAACGCAACGAUGUGAGGUACCGGUUCGUCGUGGAUGUCGCUGGAAGCAAUCUCAACCCUUGAUCGAAGAAAACGAAGAAAUCGACACGAUGAAGUGAUCUAUAUGAGAUCAUUUCUGCAUUUAUCCUUGUCUCUCUUUUCUUGAUUCUAAAAAAAAGAAAAAAAAAAGAAAGGCCUGUCUGUUUGUACGUUUAUACGAGGGAUUUCAAACCUGUGUUGUGUUUUUGGAUGUUUGGGGUUUGUGGAGUGUGAUUUGUAUUUGUUAUGUGUGAAUUAUUUGCUUGAAAGUAUAUUUCAUGAUCGUUAUUAUA